AUGUCCGAUAACUAUAGUUAUGACAAUGAUAGUUUCAAUUUAAAUGAAAAUGAAUGUAAUGAAAAAAUCAUCAAUGAACAUAAAUGUACAGUUAGCGAACCAUCUUUAAAGGUUCAACAACUUGUAUCUAUUUUUGAAAAUGAAGAAUCGAAAACAAAAUUCAAAUCUCUGUCACAGAGGCGAUUGAUGACAACGACCGCGACGGCGGAUGAGGCGGAGCAGGCAGAGGAAGUGAAAAAAUCUGAGCGAGCUGAUGGAAUGGACGGAGCGGACGRAGCGGAUGUGGCGUCGACGRACGGUUCGGAGCGGUCGGACUACARGCCAGCCCAAGGGGUCGCUGUUCCGUGCGGUGGGAAUUCCUCGACUGGUGCAGCGUACACGUCUACCGUGUCCGUYAUGAACCACGGCCGUGAUUGGAUAGCACAUCCUGAGCGGAACCUGUUGUUUGUCAUUCACCCGUGGUGCAUGUCGCACAAGUCGGGCGCGGACAGGCUGUCGGAAUUUCCGCCACCCGGAUUUCUGGAACGCCUCAAGGCCAAGCUGAUGGCCCUGCACCGCCAGUCAGACGAUCAGCAGCGGCACAGCUCGGCCACUGGCACUGUGGUCAGGCGGCGCCGACACACCCACCAGAGGAUCAAGUGUUGGUUCCAGUACACGGCGACCGCUCUGAGCAGCGGUGGUUCGACGGCCAUGACGACUGURCACGCGGCCGCUUAUCCACGAAACGAACCGGCGGCCGUGGUCGAUUUCCUGUCCGUCUGGCAAAGAUGUGCCAAUAGCGUGGCGGCCGCUUGCAGUACGGUUGACCGCGACUGA